ACGUUGGUGAUAAACCAAUAGACAUAAAGUCUAAUUCGUCCGUUUACCAUCGUCCAAUGCUGCAUGCAACAUCCUCGUCCUCUCACUUGCCUAUCAAGAUUACUACUGUUACGCUGGGCGAUGAAAAUCACCCAAACCAAUCUUCUUAUAAAGACUCGGUCGCAACCCUUUCCCGACUGAACUUGUGUACUCAAACGUUUGCGUCUGAGGAACCGGUUCUCACAUUCUACUCGGAUGAGUUUACAACCCGCCAACUGCGACAGUUUUGGUACAGCUUUCUUUCCAGAUUCGUCCGUUUACCAUCGUCCAAUGCUGCAUGCAACAUCCUCGUCCUCUCACUUGCCUAUCAAGAUUACUACUGUUACGCUGGGCGAUGA